AUGUCCUCCUCCGGUGUAGACCUCUACAACGGUGACAAGACAAUUGCCAACCGUCUCAAGGGAAACUAUAACAAAGAUGAACUACUUGAAGAUAACGUUGAGAUUGAAGAUGAUCAAAACAAACAAAAGGCUAAAGAUCAACAAGAAUUAAACAGUUCUUUGGCAAAAGCUGAAUCAAUCUUGGCUCCUUUGAUCUUCACCAUCCUUGGAUUCAUGACUCGUAUGUACAGAAUUGGUGUCAAUCAUAAUGUUGUUUGGGAUGAAGCUCAUUUUGGUAAAUUUGGUUCUUAUUAUCUAAGACAUGAAUUUUAUCAUGAUGUUCAUCCUCCUUUAGGUAAAAUGCUCGUUGGGUUGAGUGGUUACAUCGCUGGCUACAACGGUUCUUGGGAUUUCCCAUCUGGUCAAGAAUACCCUGAUUAUAUCGAUUAUGUUAAAAUGAGAAUUUUUAAUGCUUGUUUUAGUGCAUUAUGUGUUCCUUUUGCGUAUUAUACAACUAAAUCAAUGGGGUUCUCAAUACCAACUGUUUGGUUAUUCACUUUAAUGGUUAUCUUUGAAUUAUCUUUUGUCACUUUAGGUAAAUUCAUCUUGUUGGAUUCAAUGUUGUUAUUUUUCACAAUUACAACUUUUUACACAUUUGUUAGAUUCCAUAAUGAAAGAUUCAAUGCAUUUGGUAGAAAAUGGUGGAAAUGGUUAUUAUUAACCGGUAUCUCUAUCGGUUGUACAUGUUCUGUUAAAAUGGUUGGUUUAUUAGUUACAACUCUUGUUGGUAUUUAUACCGUUGUGGAUUUAUGGAACAUGUAUGGUGAUCGUUCAUUAUCAAGAACUAAAUACUUGGCCCAUUUCGGUGCAAGAGCUGUUUCAUUAAUUGUUAUCCCAUUCAUCAUCUUUUUAGUUUGCUUCAAGAUCCAUUUCGAUUUAUUGAGUGGCUCAGGUACUGGUGAUGCUAAUAUGUCUUCAUUAUUCCAAGCUAAUUUAAUUGGUUCAGAUGUUGGUGGUGGUCCAAGAGAUGUUACUUUAGGUACCUCUGUCGUUACUAUUAAAAACCAAGGCUUAGGUGGUGGAUUAUUACAUUCACAUAUUCAAACUUUCCCAGAAGGUUCAAACCAACAACAAGUCACCACUUAUGGUCAUAAAGAUGCUAAUAAUGAAUGGAUUUUCAAUAGAGAACGUUCAAGAGAACCUUUCAAUGAAACUAGAGAUCAAACUGAAUAUGUUGUUGAUGGUAUGAUUGUUAGAUUAUCUCAUAAAAUGACUACAAGAAAUUUACAUUCUCAUGAAAUCCCAGCUCCUGUUGCUAAAUCUGAUUAUGAAGUUGCAGGUUAUGGUGAUUUAUUAAAUGGUGAUGAAAAAGAUGAUUGGAUUGUGGAAAUUGCUCAUCAAUAUGGUUCAGAGGAUAAAUUAAGAGUUCAUCCAUUAACCACUUCAAUUAGAUUAAGACAUAAAGUUUUAGGUUGUUAUUUAUCUCAAACUGGUAAUCAUUUACCUCAAUGGGGGUUUAGACAAGGUGAAGUCACUUGUGUUAAAAAUCCUUUCAAAAGAGAUAAAAGAACUUGGUGGAAUAUUGAAAAUCAUAAUAAUCCAACUUUACCAGAUCCUCCAGCUGAUUUCAAAUUACCAAAGACUAAUUUCUUUAAAGAUUUUAUCCAAUUAAACUUGGCAAUGAUGGCCACUAACAACGCAUUGGUUCCAGAUCCAGAUAAACAAGAUGAUUUAGCCUCUCAAGCAUGGCAAUGGCCAACUUUGAACGUUGGUAUUAGAUUAUGUGGUUGGGGUGAUGAAAAUCCAAAAUAUUACUUGAUUGGUUCACCUGCAACAACUUGGACUUCUUCAGUUGGUGUUAUUGUUUUUGCAUUAUUAGUCUUGUACUAUUUGAUUAGAUAUCAAAGACAAUUUAAAGAUUUCCAAGAUUCUAAAAAAUUAAACUUGUUUUUAAUUGGUGGUAUUUAUCCAAUGUUUGGUUGGGGUUUACAUUUUGUUCCAUUCAUUAUCAUGGCAAGAGUCACUUAUGUCCAUCAUUAUUUACCUGCAUUGUAUUUUGCAAUGCUUGUCUUGUGUUAUUUACUUGAAUUGGGAACUUUGGGAUGGAGUAAAAAAAUCAGAUUACCAUUAUAUUUGUCAUUCUAUAUAUUUGUUAUUGGUAUUUUCUACUACUUCAGUCCAAUCACUUUUGGUAUGGAUGGAAGCUCUAGUCAAUAUGAAUACUUGAACUGGUUAUCAUCUUGGAGAAUUGCAUAA